AUGACCAUCAGACUCAAGCCGUCCCCACCGCCCGCCUCGCCCUUCUCCUGGGACACACCCGACACACAGGACUCGCCCGACCCCCUCGCCCUCCCGUCCCCACCCACAUCAUGGCUCUCUGCCCGCGACAUGAAGCUCUUCGGCGCCCGUCCGCUAACCGCAACCUCGGACAUCGGCCUCGUCAAGUGCUCCCACUGCGGCAAGCCCAUCCUCCGCAGCUUUAUGGCAGAGCACGCAGAUAACUGUACAAUCCUCCGUACGAAGGCCCUCAAAAGCAAGCAAGAUCUAGAAGAUGCAAAGAAGGGCAACAAGAAACGCAAGGCCUCGCCCUCCCCCGAAGAGCCCUCCAAGAAAAAGGCCAAACCAACCCCAAAGGUCACCAAAGGCCGCAUGAAGGGUCCCAUCGACUACGACAAGCAGUGCGGCGUCAUCAACGACAAGAACCUCCCCUGCUCCCGCUCCCUCACAUGCAAGUCCCACUCCAUGGGUGCAAAGCGCGCCGUCCAGGGCAGAUCCCGCAAGUACGACGAGCUCCUCCUCGAGUGGCAGCGCGCGAACAAUCCUAACUUCGUCGAGCCAGUCAAGCGCGAGACCAAAGCCGAGAAGAAGGAGAAGCGCGAGCGCGAAAAGCAGGAGAAGAAGCGCCUUGCCAAUGAGGCCGCCGCUGCGAUGGGUUUGGACCCUAAUGCAGCUACUAAAAAGUCGGCAGCGGCCAGCGCCUCGAAAAAGGUCAGCAAGAAGGCUGCAGCCGCUGCCGCUGCCGCCGUCCGGCUCGCAGAGGAGAUGCGCGAUGAUAUCUCGGAGGAUCUGGACGACUUGGACUCGGAGGUCGAGGUGGACGAGCUUGUCCGGAGCGUCAAGGCCGCAAAGGAGAACGGCCUCGUUGCCGUACCCCUGGCGGUGCCCUGCGAUGCCGGCAGCUGGUUCGUGCAGCGCCGCGAACGCGCCCGUUGCUGUCGCGAGUUUCUGGUCAGCGCGCUAGGGAAUGGCGGCGGCACAGGUACAGCAGGAGGUAUCGGCUCCGUCGGCCUCAUGAAUCGGAGUACGAGCUUGACAGCGGGCAACACUGCAAUGCGUCUGGGAUAA